AGCCGAGAGUAAAUAGAAGCAGGAGCCCAAAAUGGCGGAGCCGCCGAGCCCUGUUCGUGGCGCGGCGUCGCCCGAGCAGGAGCCGUUCGGCGCCAGGCCGGCCCCGGACGCGAAGGUUUCGCGUGGGUCCCAGCCAGCCGCCAAGAAGAUGAAGGGAGCCGAUGAGAGGAGCCUGAAGGGCGCGAAGCGCGUCAACGGUGAAGGGGGCGGUGGUGGCGGCGGCAACGGUGGGAGCGGCAAGCAGUCGCUGCCGCUGCCAGCGGUCGUGCCGAGCUACAGCAACCCCGCGGCGUGGGGCUUCCCCGCGCUCCCUCCCGGCCCUUCCGGGAGCGCGGGGGGCUUCGCUUUCCCUUCUCAGCUGCCCCGGAAGCUGCUGUCGCCCGCCGUUUUGCUGCCGUCGUCCGCCUCGCCCUCCUGUUCGUACCAGCAGCACCAGCACCGCCACCACCGGCACCGCCUGGCUCUGGCCGUCGAGGCGGGAGGCUGCGGUAGCGGCGGGGCGGCCGGUGCUGGCGGCGGGAGCGCCAAGCCGAAGAGGCCCAAGGAAAAGCGGGACAAGGAGAGGAGGAAGCACGGGGCCCUGCCCGUGGUCGCGGCGGUGGGAAAUGGCGGCGGGGGCCUGAGCGCGGCUGGCCGGGAGGAGAACGGAGAGGUGAAGCUGCUGUUGCCGAAAGCUCAAAUCAAAGACAAAAUUAAAGAAAGGGAAAAGAAGCAAAAAGAGAAGAAGAAGCACAAAAUAAUGAAUGAAAUCAAGAAAGAAAAUGGAGAGGUCAAAUUAUUACAGAAAGGUGGGAAGGAGAAACCAAAAACCAAUGCAGAAGAGCUACAGAUUAAAAAAGUUAAGAAGAAAAAGAAAAAGAAACAUAAAGAGAAUGAGAAGAGGAAGCGUCCAAAAAUGUACAGCAAAUCCAUUCAGACCAUCUGCUCAGGAUUGGUUUCCGAUAUUGAGGAUCAGGAAGCCAAAGGCAUCAUAGAUGAUCAUCUUAAGGAUUUCAAUGGGAAAAAUAUGGAUCCCAAGAAGGACUGUGAGUCCAAGAUACCAGAGAACAGUGAGUUUCCAUUUGUCUCGUUAAAGGAGCCACGGGUUCAAAAUAAACUCAAAAGGUUGGACACAUUGGAGUUCAAACAGCUGAUUCAUAUUGAGCACCAGCCUAAUGGAGGUGCAUCAGUUAUCCAUGCCUACAGUAAUGAACUCUCCCACUUAUCUCCUGUGGAGAUGGAGAGAUUUGCAGAAGAGUUUGUGGGUCUGGUUUUUAGUGAAAAUGAAAACUGUGCAGCUUACUAUGUAAUGGGUAUUGUUCAUGGGGCAGCUACUUAUUUACCUGACUUUUUAGACUACUUUUCGUUUAAUUUUCCCAAUUCACCAGUGAAAAUGGAGAUUUUGGGAAAGAAAGAUAUAGAGACAACGACUAUGUCAAAUUUUCAUGCUCAGGUAAAAAGAACAUACUCUCAUGGUACGUAUAGAGCUGGCCCAAUGAGACAGAUCAGCCUGGUUGGAGCAGUUGAUGAGGAAGUGGGGGAUUACUUCCCUGAAUUCCUUGAUAUGUUGGAAGAAUCACCCUUCUUAAAAUGUACACUGCCAUGGGGAACACUUUCUAGUUUAAAAUUAGAGAGUCGUAAAGACAGUGAUGAUGGUCCCAUUAUGUGGGUACGUCCAGGAGAACAGAUGAUCCCUGUGGCUGACAUGCCAAAGUCACCUUUCAAAAGGAAGAGAACUACCAAUGAAAUAAAAAACUUGCAGUACCUACCUCGAACCAGUGAACCCCGUGAAAUGCUAUUUGAAGACCGGACACGAGCUCAUGCAGAUCACAUAGGACAAGGUUUUGAACGACAGACUACAGCUGCUGUGGGAGUAUUGAAGGCUGUGCACUGUGGAGAGUGGUCUGAGCAGCCUCGUAUAACCAAAGAUGUAAUUUGUUUUCAUGCUGAAGACUUCUUAGAGGUAGUUCAGCGAAUGCAAUUAGAUUUGCAUGAGCCUCCACUCUCACAGUGUGUCCAGUGGGUUGAUGAUGCAAAACUUAAUCAACUGCGAAGGGAAGGCAUUCGAUAUGCCAGAAUUCAGUUAUUUGAUAAUGACAUUUAUUUUAUCCCAAGGAAUGUUGUGCACCAGUUCAAAACAGUUUCAGCUGUGUGCAGUUUGGCUUGGCACAUCCGGCUCAAGCUAUAUCAUUCAGAGGAAGAACUUUCUCAAAAUACAAGUACUGUUGAAGCAGGUACCUCUGCAGACCCCAAGUCUUCGGUUAUUGGACUUCAGACUGACAGCAGAAUUUGUACAAUGAGCAAAAAUACCUCCGAAGACACCAAAUUUUCAGAUGCUCUGCAGAUGAAGUAUCUGCAGCAGGAAUUUAUGUCGAUAAAACAUGAACCUAUUGCAUCUCACCGAAUAAAAGAAGAACCCAUGAAUGUUGAUCUUGCUGAAAAGACAGUGGCACCUAAUGACGUCGGGGGCCAGAAUGUUCAGACUAGGUUGGAUCACGUUGAAUUGACGGCAUUUAAGUUGGAGGUGGAUUCUAAAUUUGAACCUGGCAACAAGGACUUACAAGGCAAGUUAUGCCCUGGAGGUCACAUACAUCCAGAUGAUACCAGACAACAUAGUUCAUCAUAUCCAAAACUGCAUGGACAAACAGAGGAUGAUUUUUUGUGCUAAAUUUGUAUAUAUGGUUUUAAAUUCCUUUUUAAACUUAAUGAUGUAAUAAUGUAAAGAUUCAUAAAUUCUGUGAGGCAAGUUUGUGACUUGCCUUCGCAUCUGUUACAGAAGAUAGUUAUGUAGCUUUGUAACAUUCCUCAGUGCCUGUCCAUAACUGUGAAGUAUCAAAGCACUUAGGGCCAGAUGCACUGUAAACACUGCAGGUUUAACAUAAAGAAGUCUUUAAAUAAUUUUGAGUUGUAGGUUUUAGAGUAGAGCUGACAUUUAACAUAUAUAUUUUUUGUAAGAUGAGCCAGAAUUCUUUUUGACAAUUCCAGGCUUUUCCAUAGAGCUUAUUUAUACCAAUUUUUUCAUUUUAAAUGUGUCAGCACUGUAGUGUAAAUAUCUUUUUUAAAAAAAUCUUUUUAGUGUGAUUUAUACUGAAAUGUGAGCCGCUUAAUAAAGGUUCAUAAUAACAGAUUGGUUUUAUUUUUGGGUCUGCAAAAAAUAAUUCAGUUAAACUGCCUCUCUAAAUGGUUAUGUUUCUACCUGCACUAAUGCAUAGGAUACCCUUACACCAUUGUGGGGUGAGCAGCUGUAGCAAACUGAGGUAGAGCUGAGGCAUUCUUUGUAAAUGGAGAUUAGUCAGAAUGUAAAAUCAGUCCUCCCUUCACAGGAUUCCUUACAGUUGCUCGUUAAAGGCACUCCGCAGACUCCUGCUGUCAGAUGUUAAUAUGGAACAGAGAGGCAAACCUGCCCCUGUUGUGGAGGACAGUCGGACACCCCCUGGGCUCCAGGAGCGCAAUCAGUAACUGUGUGCGUCUCUCUAGAUGAGCUGGUGCAAGGGAGCAAACUCCCUUCUACCUUUGCCUCUUGCUUUGCUCAAGCCACAGUUAAGGCAGUUCUAUUUCACGUUAAAAAAAACCAAA